AUGCCUGAUGAUUCAUCUGAUAUCAAUGACCGUAUCGCAAAUGCCGUCCAAGCCUACCAUGAAAGGGAUAACCCGAAAAUCGCGCCAUUGGCGCGGGAAUUUGAUGUUCCAUACCAACGCCUGCGGAGCCGAAUCCACGGUCGCCGGAGUAUGACUGAGCUUGGUCGCGAGAGAAAAGCCUUGAAUCCAAUUCAAGAGAAGGCAUUGAUUGCGUGGAUAAGGACUCUAAACAGCGCAUAUACCUGUCCUACACCUACCUUGGUGGAGCGGGCAGCAAAUCUGAUUUUGCUGCGGUCGGGCUCUGAGAAAUCUGUCGGCCACAACUGGGUCUAUAGAUUCAUCGCAUCACUACCACCUGAUAUCUCCUACCUCAAGCCUAAACCAGCAGAGAAGGUCCGGAUCGAAAGCCAAGUGUACGAUCCGAUGCUCCUUUGGUUUAAUAGAUUCUCCCAACUCAUGGAAGAGUACAAUUUCCUACCUCACGAGAUCUACAACUGGGAUGAGAUCGGCUACCAGAUUGGCGAAGGAAAGGCCCGUCAUGCCUUAGCCCCUCGAAGCGGGUAUGAGAACCCUACCGGCGGGCAUCAUGAAUCCCUUACUGGGAUCGAAUGUAUCGCCGCCGAUGGGUGGGUGAUGCUACCUUGGUUUUUACCGAAGAGUAGCCAGCAUUUGGAGGAGUGGUACGACAAUAUCACGAUCCCCGAUUUUCGCAUCAAACCUACCCCCAAUGGCUGGAUCGACGAUGAAACAGCGUACGAUUGGCUUUGUUGUUUUCAUGAGGCCACAAAAUCUCGAGUUCAGAGGGGAAGGCCAAGGGUAUUAUUGAUGGAUAAUCAUCCAUCUCAUACUACCUAUGAGUUCGUCGACUUUUGCGAACGACAUUUUAUCCUCCCAAUCUGGUUUAUCCCACAUACUACACAUUUUUGCCAGCCUCUCGAUGGCCAGGUCUUCGCAAAUCUAGAGCAUCACUUUCGGUCAGCGAACAAUGAGGUGGUAAUGGGGGGUGGAAGCGUGGAUAAAAAGAAGGAUUUCUUCCGGAUGAUUCGCGAUGUCCGUAACCUCUCUUUUACCCAGCGAACCAUCCGAUCUUCUUUUCGGUCGCGUGGUAUCUGGCCUUAUGAUCCGGAGGUGAUUCUCGGACCUCUACGUCAGAAGGAAAUUGAGAUGGAAGGGGAGAGUGAAGUUAUUCGGAUGAUUGAUACUCCAUCACCACCCCCGAACUCUCAAGUUCAGCCACCAAUUCACCCCCAGACACGGUCGAUCGGGUGA